GGACAUACGUGAUCGGACAUGUUUUAAGCACGAAUCACGAGGCUUUUUAGGCCAGUGUUGUCUAAACAUUACAGCGAUCUUUUCUUGGUCACUGUACUGGCUAUCGUAAGAUUGGACACCUUCAUGGUCGUAAAAGCACGAGGGUAAUCUCUCUACAAAAGAUUCAUACACUAUGAGCGAGCUUAUGAGUACCAAAACCGAAAUUGGACGGGAAAAUGUUUAUUACGAGAUGGAAUACAAAGGAGAAGACGAAGCUGAAACCUAUGAAAAAGUAAUUGUUAAAAAUGAAAGUCCCCAGGAACGACUAAGAGAGAGAGCACAUCCGUACAAAGAUUCAAGAGAAGUAAAAUCUCGCUACUUCCUUGUUGCUGUGACUGCCAUUGCUGUUGCUUCCUUCUUGACAGCCGCUGCCACCAUGGUUUUAGCCUUUGCAACAACCGAUUCCCGAAGUGAUGUUUCGACAACUAGAGACUCCAUUGCGUCUUUUUGCGAAAUGUCAGAAAUUAGCAAAAAUCUACAAGAGUUAAAAAAGAACAUCUCUGCUCUGACAGAAUUCUCGCAGGUCUCAAAAAAGUUAAGGGAACUGGAUGCUGUACUAGCUGACGUAAAAAGAGAGUUGGAAAUUACGAAAAAAAAGGUUGAUCAGGAGUUUAAAAGAAUUCGGCAAGAUGUAAAGCAGACAGAAGGAAGUUUGUUGAAUAAAACGAACGCAUCUCUGCAAGAAUUCGAAAACAAGGUCAACAGGGAAAUUAGAGUUGUUUCACUCAAGCUGAAUAAAACAAUUGUCCAUGGUGACUAUUUAUCUUCUUCACUGGAAUCACAAAGGAAAAACAUAACGAAUCGUUUUGGAAAACUUGAACUUAGAGUUAAAAUGGAGGAAGAAAAGUCUAGCAAUAUUAAAAAAAGUUCGGAUCGCCACUCCGAGUUGAUCCAGCACUUGACCAAUAUGCUGAAUGACACUCGGGAAGAUAUGAGGAAUAUGUCUCAAGAACAAUCCAUGGCCUUGGAACUAGCCCAAAAUUCCACAGUUAGGGAACUUCUAGGAGUUCGGAUGUUGGUGAACUCAACGCAGACGAUUCUCUUGACACAGUUAAAGAAAGUGCAUAAAAACAUGACUGAAAAGGUAACAAAGGAAACUGAGAAACUUGAGGCUAGAAUAAAAGUUGAGGAAAACAAAUCAAAUAGCACAAAGCAGGUCACGGAUCAACACCUCAACAGGAUUCAGCAAAUCGAGGAAUUGCUCAACAUUACUCGUGAAAACAUGAAAGAAGAGUCCAAAAAGUAUUUCACCGCGCUAUGGUUGGCAGGAAACUCUACAAAAACGGAUCUUCAAAGUAUAAGCAUGGUUUUGAAUGAAACGCGUGGUAAUAUUGUUAGACAGCUAAAGGAAGUGCAAGACAACUUGACUGAACAGGUCAAGAACGUUAGUAAGAUGCCGGGUCCUAUCGGACCUCCUGGCUACAACGGAAGUCAGGGGCCUGUUGGUCCCCAGGGAGCCGUGGGUCCCGCUGGUCCUAAAGGAUCAGGAGACUUUAGUCAAUGUCAGUAUGACAUAAAAAAAGGAGAUAAGAUCGGUGGUAGCGAUAGGAUACUUGUACAUUUUGAUGAACCAACAAAUAAAAGGAUAAUGGCAGUAACAUGCUCAACGGAUCACGGCACUGAGUAUAAUCUUGUAUCGAGUGUACAAAGUGGGAACGUCCGGAGAUACGUUUGCGUCUGUGAUGGAAAAUCCACACUUUUCAAUGGAGGAAGUUGUUGCUACCUGCACUAUUGGAUUUGCCCUUUAACAACGUAA